AUGACAGGAUAUGAUUUGUACUAUUGUUAUGUAUUAGCUCAUAUUUAUCUUCCAAACGGUAGUAAAUAUUUAGAACUCGAUAGAUAUGGCGCUUUAUAUUUCAAAGGAAAAAAUCAAAUAAUAAGAGCACCAUGUAUUCUCGAAUCAUUUGAAUUCCCGCCAGAAACUACAAUAAUUGGUAAAUAUGCAUUUUUCGAGUGCAAAAUUAAUGGAACAUUUACAAUUUCUAAAAAUAUUGAAAGAGCGCAUGACAAUAUAUUUAUUCAAUGUAAAUUUUCUAGAAUUGUCAUGGAACCCGGCUGCAAAUUGGAAGAAAUUUCAUAUUGGCAAUGGUUGAGGAAUCUCCAAUAUGUUUUUGUUUCAAAAAAUGUUAAAACAUUUGCUUAUCAAGCGUUUGCGCAAGAUAGCAAAUUAGAAACCAUUGAAUUUGAACAAGGAUCUCUGUUGAACUCUAUUGGAGGUAUGGCAUUUUAUAAUACUAAAAUUUCAAGGUUUAUCAUUCCUCCAAAAUGCACAUCGAUCGGAAGUAAUAUAUUUUACCUUGAUGAUUUCAUAACAUAUGUUUAUAUACCAGCUUCAUUAACAAAUAUUGAUAUUCAAGCCUUUGCUUGUACAACAAGUAUUCAAACAAUAGAAAUUGACCCAAACAAUAUGGUCUAUAAAUCAAAAUUCUUGUCUAUCAUGACAAAAGAUGAAUCAGUGAUAUUAUUUAUUCCUACUUCAUCAACAAGUUUUACAAUACCGUCAACAGUUGGCAAAUUCGGACCAACAAUGUUUCAAUCAUGUCCAUCGUUGACAAAUAUAAAUGUUGAAUCAUCAAACACUAAUUUUGAUACAAACGGUGGAAUUGUUUACAGCAAAGGUUAUACGAGAGCUCUAUCAUGCAUUGGUGAAGCAACAUCAGUAUCAAUCAGAUAUGAAUGCAUUAAAAUUGAUUCUUAUUGUUUUUUCAAGUGUAAAAACCUGAAAACAAUAACAUUGAAUCCGGGAUUGACUGAAUUAGAAGUAUAUUCAUUUUAUGGAACGUGUUUCUAG